ACAACAAGGUCACCUACACGUGCCCCACGUGAAAUUGGUCAACUAUAAUAUUCCGUCUUUAUCUUGACCACUGUGGCUGCAUGUUCAUACGUGCACGCUACCGGUAAGGCACGACCACUCAUGGACUAUAUCGCUACAAACUAAUUUCAAAGUUAACUUUUUUACGUGAUCUUUUUUUGAACAACGAAAACGCCAAAUUGGAAACUUGAACAGAAGUUGCGUGGUUUAAAAAUUUGAGAAAUGGGAGGAGAUCGUCUAAGCUCGGAGGAGCUGGAACAAGAAAAGAAAUAUCGUAUCACUCCUUUUCAACAAAUGAUGUCUUCCUGUACGGGUGCACUCCUAACUUCAGUUCUUGUUACUCCGCUGGAUGUUGUAAAAAUCAGGCUCCAAGCCCAACAAAAAGCACUUCAUUCAAAUCGAUGCUUUCUAUAUUGCAACGGCCUCAUGGACCAUCUUUGCCAGUGUAUAAAUGGCAAAGUCAACGCUUGGGUGAAUCGACCCGGACAUUUCACUUCCACUAUUGACGCUUUUUCAAAAAUAAUUCGGAACGAAGGUGUUCUAUCAUUGUGGAGUGGUCUACCCCCAACGCUUAUAAUGGCUGUUCCUGCAACAAUAAUAUAUUUUGUUUCGUACGAGCAACUGAGGGUUUUAUUCAGUGAUAGUUAUACCAAAAUGACCGGGGUUGCUGAACAACCUGUUAUUAUUCCACUAGUAAGUGGUGGGCUUGCUCGACUGUGGGCUGUCACCGUCGUCAAUCCGUUAGAACUUAUUCGCACCAAGAUGCAGUCCAAGCGUUUGACUUACAGAGAGCUUCAACAGGCGUGUGCCGAUCUAUAUGGAGCUAGAGGUUUACGUGGAUUUUGGUUGGGCUAUAUUCCGAGCAUUAGUAGGGAUGUUCCAUUUUCAGCAAUAUACUGGGGGAGUUAUGAAGGAAUAAAAAAAAUGUGUGGACACGAAAAAGACCCAUCUCUUUCAUUUAGUUUUAUGGCUGGAGCUGUGGCUGGAUCGAUUGCUGGAACAGCUACGCUUCCAUUUGACGUUGUAAAGACAUACAGACAGAUUGAACUAGGUGAAGUUGAUUUUUCGGAACAAAAAGGACAGAGACUGACAACAACAAGGGAAGUAUUUAUAAAAAUUUACAGAACGUCGGGAGUAAACGGACUAUUUGCAGGCUUUGUUCCUAGAAUUGUAAAAGUUGCUCCAGCUUGUGCCAUUAUGAUUUCCACUUACGAGUUUUUUAAAAAAUUCUUCACAGAAUAUAAUAGGAAAUUAGCAACUGAGUAAAGUCAAAAGUGGUUAUUAGAAUAGAAUAAACUGAUAUCAGACCAAUGCGAAAAACAAUAAAAUCACCAUCUAAUAGUAAACUAAGAAUAAUGAAAAUAUGUCAUGAGAAUGAUUCUUACGUGAUAUUGAAUAACCCAUGCUUUGGCUGUUUUUGAGCCAGUGUUAUUGUUAAAAGUUGACUGAUAUUGCAUAAUCUGUAUCUAGAUAAGUUAUGUCUGCAAAGUGUAUUUUGUUAGUCAAUUUCGAUAUUUCUAUAUUAUAUAAAACUUAUUGCUUUAAAUCAACAGACAAUAAAUCAUCCAUCAAUGAACUGGUGGCACCAAUAAUACAACUA